GCUUACGCUCGUCGUUGGCUAAAGAGCUUGUGUGUGUGUUGUUGAAGUCCGCGAGAGUCAACUCUCUUUUGUCCGUCAAUUUUUUUAAACUAUAAUCCGUGACAUUUGCUAACGAACUUAAACACGUGUUGGAGGAUCAUAUUUGAGCAGAAAUGGACUCUCCUGGACAAGACUCGUCAAUGGCAUCUACAGGUUUAGCCAGUGGAGGGACUCUACCACCCGGCCUUACAGAGGAGGAGGCAGAAGAAAUGCAGCUGGAGCUUACCAAGGUGGAUGAUGAGAUUCAGACACUGAGGCAGGUUCUGACAGCUAAGGAGAGGCAUGCCACAGAGCUCAAACGCAGACUUGGUAUCAGCCCUCUCUCUGAAAUCAAACAGAACAUAACCAAAGGCUGGCACGAAGUCCAGUGCUCCAGUGCUUAUAUGAGAACCUCACAAACUGUUGGAGACUUGAAUCGUAGAGUAACCUCAUCUAAUUUAUACCUUACAGCUUCGGCCACACUGGAGGACAUAAGCCGCUCUGAAACUUAUAAGAAGACUCAGGAUACUCUGUCUCAGGCAGGUCAGAUGACAUCAGCUGCCUUCUCCACGAUGGGCUCUGCCAUCAGAAGCAGAUUGGGAGAGAUGAGGGCUUUACCGUACACUGGUAGUAACCUUUCCAUGCGUCACUCUUUAAGUAUGCCAGCUAUGAGGAACUCGCCAAGCUUUAAAUCCUUUGAGGACAAGGUGGAAAACAUGAAGUACAAAGUAACGGGACGAUCCAAUGGAGAGAGUUCGCCUACUAGCAACAACGCACCCUUUUGACCAAGAAGCACAACCAGCAACUGACCUCCGUGAACUCUGUGUAACAUUGUAAACGAAUUUCACUCCAUUAACAUCAAAUGAAUGUACGAACCAAACAUAAUGCUUUAAAACACCGUUACCAAUGUGCAAAGGAGCAUUUCACUCUCACCCUUGUAAAGGUGUUGUAGCCAAACUGUUAAACAAAACCUCUUAAAUAUGCAUGUGGAAAAGGUGGAAGCCUAUUGAAAGAAAGCUUUCUUCUCUAUGCACCACAUUUACUUCAAAUGAAAUUUUUUAAAAGAUGUUUAGUUUAGUGAAACGUUUUUACAACUCUUAGAAUGGGCUAAAAUAUAGAUUUCUCAUCCUGCUAAGUCGCUGUUGUUUAUUAUUGUUACAUGCUUCUUACAAUAGUACUGCACUAGUUAUUACCCUGCUCAUUAAAUGCUUUUACUCAGGGCAAAAGGUGCUACUGCACCAGAUUCUCAUGUUUGAAGGUGUAUGGUAAAUCAUUCACAUGUAGUGGUUGUUUUGUCUAAUUUGAGCUUCAUCCCGUUUUCAGAAAUGAUAAUCCGAAAAGAAACUACCUGAUGUUUUCUAACAAUGCAAUAUUACAAGAUAUUGAGUGAAUAUGUUUUCAUUAAGCAAGCUUAUCACAUUUCCUGUUUACUCUUUUGAAUCUUUUAACUUGAGUUGAAUUGUUCAAUUGACUAUUUCUUGGUUAACAUCUAGGACUGAAUUUUUUCUCUUUGAUUGUCCUGUCUCGCAUAGCUUGUUUUUUCCUUUUUCUGUAUUUUAAGAGUGCAUUAGUAACAUCGCAGUUAAGGCAUUUGGUGACAUGAUAGUGGUUGAAUUAUUUAUUUUCUAAUCAAGUGCAUGCCAUUGAAAAAGAGAUAAUAAAUGCAAGAUUGGUGUAUGUGGAUUCGUAAUGCUUUAACCCACAUAUUGGGGUGCGAUAAAGGUCAACUUCACUCUGAGGUGAUGGAAAUCCUCUUGUUUUGGGUCAGUUUAUUAUUUUGCUUAUGAUUAUUUGUGCUGACUGGGCUGGUGCUUGUGGGAGUACUUGACAUGCAUUGACCUGUUAAAUAUGAAUGUUACCACGGUGACCUAAACACUGUAUCAUGAUUGAUGCUUUACGACUCUAACACCCUUGACUGUUAAGGGUUUAUCAAGGACAAAUAAAUGAAGAAAAACAA